GGUUCCCGGCGCCGGGUGUGCUUCCGGGCUGGUGGCGGCGUGACGUCAGGAGGAGGGCAGGCUGUCCUUGGAUGCUCCUGCACCCUGUGGAGGCUCAGUGCUAGGUCACAACUCAGAACCAUCGUGAACUUCAAGAAAUAGGAAGAUUUAAGCCACGUCUUUACAGGCAGCCUGCAGCCUCGCAGGCUCCACAGGAAGGCUCGCACCACCACUGCAUGUGCUGACCAGGCCGGUUUCCCAGUUGAUCCUUGCUAGAGGGGACCUGUAGGCAGCUCCCAAUAUGGGCGAAAGGAAAGGCCAAAACAAGUACUACCCCCCGGACUUCAACCCCGAAAAGCAUGGCUCUCUCAACCGAUACCACAACAGCCACCCCCUUCGAGAACGGGCUCGGAAGCUGUCACAAGGCAUCCUUGUUAUCAGAUUUGAAAUGCCAUACAACAUCUGGUGUGAUGGCUGCAAGAACCACAUUGGCAUGGGUGUGCGCUACAAUGCAGAAAAGAAGAAGGUUGGCAAUUACUACACGACUCCAAUCUACAGGUUCCGGAUGAAGUGCCACCUCUGUGUCAACUACAUCGAGAUGCAAACGGACCCUGCCAACUGUGACUAUGUGAUUGUGAGUGGUGCCAGUCGCAAGGAGGAGCGUUGGGACAUGGAAGACAAUGAGCAGGUGCUGACCACGGAGCACGAGAAGAAAGAGAAACUGGAGACAGAUGCCAUGUUCCGCCUGGAGCACAGCGAGGCGGACCGCAGCACACUGAAGAAGGCCCUCCCCACACUCAGCCACAUUCAGGAGGCACAGAAUGCCUGGAAGGAUGACUUUGCUCUGAAUAGCAUGCUCCGCAGGCACUUCCGGGAGAAAAAGAAAGCCAUGCAGGAGGAGGAAGAGAAGGACCAGGCCCUGCAGGCCAAGGCCAGCCUAGCCAUCCCUCUCAUGCCAGAGUCGGAGGAUGACCGAAGGCUAGCUGCCCUGCUAAGAUUGCACACCCUGGACUCCUAUGAGGACAAACAGAGACUGAAGAGGACAGAGAUCAUCCACCGUUCUUGGUUCCCUUCAGCCCAGGGAUCUAGUGGAAGUAGCAGCAAAGCUAGCAAUGUCCUGAAGAAGCUGUGCCUGAGCCGCAGGCCACCCCCCAGCACCUCAAGCACAGUAGGGGACCUGGGCAUAGUAAGGAGAAGGUCUCAAGAAGUUCCAGAAAGUCCCCAUUGUGCAGCAGACAGUUCCUUGUCAGCAGGACCAAGAACGCCACCAAGAACUACACAGGACACACCUCAAGAAACAGCAAAGGCAUCCAGGACCAACAAGACACCAGACUCUAAGAGAAACUGUAGAGACCAGGCCUUACCCCUAGGUUCCUCUCAGGAGGACUUGCUGCACCCCAGCAACCCCAAUGCCUCCCUAGUGGCUGACUACUCUGACUCCGAGAGCGAGUAAGGGGUUGGGGUUCCAGGACCAGAAGCCAUGACUGACUCAUCCAGACCUUAGGGGUGCAGGUCCCAUUGCUGCCAGCCAAGCCACAGACUCAUCUUCCUAUACAGAUUCUUAUUUAUUUGGUUUUGGUGAGGAUGCCUGUGCCUUGGUUGUAACCCUGACACCUUAACAUUAAAGCCCUGUUCUUGG